AUGGAGAACCGCGGAAUUGAGUCUGACAAGAGGACGAGAUCUCGCCCGGCCAUCGCCCGACGAUCAUGUGACCAGUGCCGUUCAAGAAAGAUUGGCUGCGACAGAGGUUCGCCGUGCUCAAACUGCGUUGUGGCAAAAGUCAACUGCACCCACAGCGCAGUUGCAUCCAACACAUCGACGCCCAAGCAAAGAGUGCUGAUUUCAGCUCAGUACGAGAAGAAGAUUGAUGAUAUUGCCAAAGGCAUUGACGAUAUCAAGUUAAUACUAAAAAAUCUCGAUUCAUCACAGAUUCCGAAACCAGCCCCGAAUGCUCUCACCAGCAGUGAUGCUGAAGCGUCGGCCCCGCCCUUAACCACAGGAGACACCAUUGCCACCAGUGUGUCCUCAUUCGACCACUCAGCCCAUGUCAUUGACCUUCUGAAGUCUGUUUUAGAAGACGGGACAGUCACUUCGGAUGGGUCAAGCCCGGAGACAUCUGAAGUCGUCUCAUCCUUGACUGAUCUCACACGUACGCUGGAGGAUCCGUCGCCCGGUGGAAACCACCGUUCACGUGAUAAAAAUGUUCUCAAAGGAGGGCGCAUUGAAGAUCCACAGAUGCCUCCUGUCAAAGAUGUCCUCGAGAUUUUGCGUUGGGUCAGAGCGCGUGAGCAUUUCUUCCGCAUCGCUCGAAUAUUACGAGUGCUUCCCAUAGACUACUUCGAAGAAGUAUGCAGAAAGAUGUAUUUUGCGAUCGACGACUAUACUGAGAUCGACUUCGUCUUGGCCAACGGCUAUCUUACCUACAUAUUUGCCGAACAUCUCAUCACUACCGGUCUCAACGACUACAGGGAGCACUGGUUGAUGUGCCGCAAGAACCUCCACGACGCGGUCGCAAGACUUCCAUUGCUACUGCCGGCAGCUAUGGAUGCGGUUGCUGCAUUAACACUAGCAGCCUAUGACGCUAUGGAAAAUGCCAAAGCAACCGUAGCUUGGUCUCUCAUCUCAUCCGCCGCAAGUCUGUGCCAAACGCUGGGAUACCAUCGGCCUAGCCCACGAAGGAGAGCUCGUGACGGGUCAUUUGCGUCGACUGAUAUGCAAGAGAGUCUCUUCUGGUCUGUGUACUCGCUCGACAAGGGGCUGUCUUUGCAGCUUGAUCGGCCCCCCAACAUUCGUGAUGUUGAUAUAUCAUUCUCAUUUGACCCAGGCAGUCAGCCGAGGAGCAUCAGGUUGGCCAGAAUUCAAGGCAAAGCAUAUGAACAACUUUACAGCCCCCAAGGCUUAUCGCGGCCCGUCCUGGAGAGGGGGCACGACGCCGAGGUGCUUGCAACACAACUGCGGGAGAUGAUACGAGAUGUUCAUGUGGAUAUGGAGAAUGCCAACAACCGCGACCCGGAGGAGAAUGAAGACCCUUUGCGUGUUUUAGCGAUACCCUCGGUCGGAAGCUCUCCAAGCGGCGCCUCCGAUGAAUGCGUCGCAGUCGCUCGGCUAGCCCUCGAGAUCCAUCAUCAGUGCAUGACGAGCAUCCGUAACUGCCAGAGUGAUCCCCAAAUUGUGAACAAGUACAUAAGUUGGGCUAUUCUGAAUAUGCCAUUCGUGUCAUUCAGUGUCCUGUUUCUCCAUGCGGUGCGGACCGCCGAUGACGCAGAUCUUGCCGUUCUUGAUCGGUUUGCCAGGUCGCUCCAGCCUGAGGAUCAAGCUUCCGAUUGCUCAACUCAUCCACACCGGAUCUACAAACUCCUCUGCAGGGCUGCCCGCCUUCAUAUUGAGUCAAAGACGGGCGAGUGGGACGGUAGCUUGAAUCAACAUUCACUUGAGUCUCUGCUUGAUAUCGACGUUCCCGACGCUCACGGUCUUGAAACAAUACGUCAUGGCAAUGAGAGUUGCGAUGCGGACGGGUCUGGGUUGGGCGAUUGGUACCGUGAACAGCAGCACUUUUUGGGUCUACUAAACGAGGAUGCAUUUCAAUGA